AUGGCGGGUGCUAGGGCAAGUAGAUCAGUAAUGGCGGCGGCUGCGGCUGCCGCUAUGCCGGAGUCGAAAGUAAUUGCGGCGAAAGUGAAGACAAAGACUUGUUGUUCAGAGUUGUGCAAGUUCCUUGGCAUCCCUGAACGCACUCGCUCUCCCACCGCACUCUUAAUUUCCAGGUUCAUUAGUCUCUACAACCAUCAGAGUCCCGGUAUCAAGGACCGUACUUGGGAGGAGAACUUGAAGACCUUAUUGCAUGGGAAAAACAGAGUUGGACUCGCUGAAAUCACCAGAUUGCUCUCCCCAGAAUUCACCUAUUCUCGUAUCAAAAGCACCAACGCACUCACUGCCGCACCCACUGCCAUCGCUGACCAGAAACAGCACGAUCUCAAUAAAUCCAAGAAAACCAAAGGGAAGACCUUGAAGAACAAGUAG